AUGACAUCAUCUGAGACUAAGCAACAAUUACAAAAAUUGAAUGACUUGUUCAAUGCUUGUUAUAUUACACUUGACGAGUAUCAUCGUCGUAAACGUGAAUUGUUGGGUAUCAAUGACAAUGACAAUAAUACAAACAAUAAUACAAACACAGAUAUUCCAACAACUCCACCUUCAACUCCACCACCUACAUGUUAUAAUCCAUAUGCUGCAACAGCAACAUCAACACCAACAUCCAAUGACGAUGCUGGUGAUAUACCUUAUUAUAAUCCAGUUCCAGUUCCCAAAGAUGCCAACAUCUACUCAAUGCAAAUAACAUUCAAUUCAAACGUUGAUCUAUACAACAAUGACAUACCAAUAUUGAAUGAAUCAUUCUCAAACAUAAACAUCAACAACAACAACAACAACAACAACAACAACAACAGUAACAACAAUUAUCUGAACCAUAAUUAUACAUUUGAACAUGAUAGUGAUUGUGUUAGUGACAAUGAUAGUGACUCUGAUAGUGACAAUGAUCACUCUGAUAUGGAGUAUGAUGCUCCUGCACCAGCUCCAACCAAGCGCACCAACUCCAACAACAACAACAACUCCAAGUCCAAAUCCAACAACAACAAUACACCCAAAUUCAAAGGUGACACUGGAGGUCCUGCAUUCUCCGACUUCUUCUCCUCUACACCUGCUGGCACUCCAAAGGUUGCCACACCACCGACAAAGGCAAAGGCUACACCAGCCCCAGCCCCAGCAUCAUCCUCAACACAAACAUUUGGAUCGAUGCUGUUCACAUCGUCGCCAAACACAGCUCCAGCUCCACCACCUCGCAAGGAUACCCAGAUAGUCUCCCACAAUGGCAGGGACUACCUGUUUACUGCCCAGUAUCCAGGAUCAGUGCUCCGCGUCGUUCUCCACAACUGGACCAAGGAGCUCAAUAACUAUGGCCGUCCAGACGAGCCCACCCCAGAUACCAUUACCAAAUGGAAAACCGAGCAGGCUAACCUCCACACUCGCCUGGUCGAGGGCAACGUCAAGUUCCUCAGCAUGAACAGCUAUAAAUACAUUGGCGGCGUCGACAUCUCAUUCGCCAAAAACAACAAGAUCGACGCAUGUGCCAGCCUCGUCGUGAUUGAGUACCCCUCGCUCAAGGUCGUCUACGAGUCCUACAAGAUGGUCAAGCUCACACAGCCGUACAUCGCUGGCUAUCUGGCAUUCCGCGAGGCUCCCCACUUGAUGCCCCUAUGGGAGGACCUCAAGCGCCUGCAUCCACAGUUCAUUCCAGACGUGGUCAUUGUCGACGGCAAUGGCAUCAAUCACAUGCGUGGCAUGGGUGCCGCAUGCCAUCUGGGCAUCCUAAUGGAUCGUCCAACGAUUGGCGUUGCCAAGCAACUGUUGGUGUGCCAUGGCAUCACUCACGAGUCGCUCCAAACCAAGACCAACAACCCAAUACCCAUGGUCGCGCCAUACUCUGGCAAGCUCAUGGGCUUUGCCAUCAAAAACUCUGACGGCGAGCAAAUCUACAUCUCGCCAGGUCAUCAAAUGGACAGCCACCGAGCACUGGAACUGGUACAGGCCACAAUGAACAAGCGACCCAUCCCAGAGCCCACUUUCAUCGCCGACCAAGUCUCUCGCCAGUUCCUCAAGGACUACUACUCCAAGUUCCGCGUC